AUAUAAAGGGUCCUGCUAAUAUAUACAUGUUUCAUAUCAAUGGAUUAUUUGGAAAGUUAAACUAAGUUAGACCAACCAAUGCGUACAAUCCACUCCAUGGCCUGUCCUCAGCUACCACUCAUAGCGUGUAAAUCGAUUCGUAAAGUUUGUCGACAGAUUUUAUAUCAAUCUCUUUUACCUUAUCAGAGAAGAUAAUAUACAGUAGUGGCGACACAAAGCAACGGUACCAACAAAUGAGGAAAAUAAACAAAGAGACUUGGAUUUUGGUAUGAGGACAAAGCUUGGUACGUGCGUCAGUGCAUGUUAUGUAAGAGAUAAAAAGACCGCGUUACUUUGCCCCCUCCCGUUUUUUUUGUUUUUUUACACCAGCCUAUGACUGCCUUCCCCGCCUCGGACCGGCCGCUGCCUUCACGGGCCGAGAAGGACGCCGUGGUGCUCUGGCUUUUACCGCGGCCCUAGAGAGGAGCAGGGAGCACGAAGCACCGUGAGUUCUGGCUUCAGAGCAUCAACCUCUUGGUCGAUCAAACCAGUGGAAUGGCGCCACGUAGGAUCGUAACUCCCCACGAUGGGGGAGCUCCAUCUGCCAGCUAUCGGACGUGCAUGACGUGUGGCUACUACUUACCUUAGCCAACAGAAAGCCAGAAAGAAAGGAGAAGGGCAAGAAAAAGACUGCCAGAAACCACCACCGUCCAUUCGCAUCACAUGCUCGCACGAAUCAUCAACACCACCGUGUCCCCAUUCCCAUCACCUUCUCCAAGAUCACGGACAUCCCAACCGCCACGUAUCAGUAACGGCCGUUAUACGUCCGGCUGAAAUUUAUGUUAGCUUCUGCCAUAACGGGCGUCAUCUCCACUGCCGUAUUGUCAAAUCUUAACGUUGCACGCUCGAGGUUUAAUUAAUCGCCGGAGCCGAUGCUAAAGGUUGGACCGGACCGGUGGCUCCCGACCGCCCUCAUCACCAUCUAGUUUUACCGCUGCAGCCGGACACGUGGCAUCCUAUCGCCACUUGUCUCCAUCAGGUCCCUUUGGAUUAUCUCUCUUUAAGUGUCGAACCAACACCCACCACUUGCAGUCCUUCUCCUUUUCCCAUCUCAAAAAUAACCCCCUCGCCUCCACUUCACCUAACUUCAAUCCCAAGAAUCCUCCAUCGUACCUUCUCCCCCAUUCUUUCUCUCUCUAGCUCAGAACUUCGGCUGAUGGAUCGCCGGAAUUCUUAACAAUGCCGCCGGAACAGCAGAGCCAGCAACAGCGGCAUCGGCCCGUUUUGUUCUCCAUUUUCUUCUUAUUGUCCCUCUCGCUGGAAGGCGGUUAUGCCACGAGGUUCGACUUUGCGACGCUGCCGCUUGGGAGUUUAAAGCUCUUGGGCGACGCCCAUCUCAAGAACGGCAGCAUCUACCUCUCACGUGAUUUACCGGUCCCCAACUCCGGCGCCGGCCGCGCCCUCUACGCCGACCCCGUCCGCCUCCGCCACCCCUCCACCCGCCUUCCCCUCCCCUUCUCCACAUUCUUCUCCUUCUCCAUCAUCAAUCUCAACCCCUCCUCCAUCGGCGGCGGCCUCGCCUUCCUCCUCACCUCUGACGACAGCGCCGUCGGCGACGCCGGCGGCUUCCUGGGCCUCCUCGAUGCCUCCGCCGGGGCCGCCGGCGCUGUCGUCGCCGUCGAGUUCGACACCCUCAUGGACAUGGAAUUCCAGGACAUCAACGGCAACCACGUCGGGGUGGACCUCAACAGCAUGGUCUCCGCCCAGGUCGCCAAUCUGGACUCCGCUGGCAUCGACUUGAAGAGCGGCGACCUCAUCAACGCCUGGAUCGAGUAUGGCGGCGCCAACGGGGGGCUACUUCAGGUCUUCGUCUCCUACUCCACCGUCCGCCCCGCCGAUCCGGUCCUCUCCCUCCCCGUUGACCUUGGCCAAUUCGUCGACGACUACACUUUCGUCGGCUUCUCCGGGUCUACCCAGGGGAGCACCGAGAUCCACAGCAUCGAAUGGUGGAGCUUCUCCUCUCCCUCUCCCAAUGCCGUCCCCUCCCCAGCUCCGCCGCAGCGUGCCUCCCCCAAUCCCAACGUCUCCACCCCUUCGCCGCCUGCCCCGGCGCCGUCCGUCUCCAUCGCCGCCGCCGAGGGCCCGAGCAACGAAAGCGCCGUCGCCCAUUCGUCGUCGCCGUGCCAGAGCAACGGGCUGUGCAAACAGGGCCCCGCCGCCGUAGCCGGAGUGGCGACGGCUGGGGCCUUCGUCGUCGCGGCCUGCACCGGCUUCGGCAUCUGGGCCUUUGCACGGCGGUCAAAAGCCCUCAAGAAAUGGGACAACUUGGCGGCGGCGUCGGAGAUCGUGAAGACCCCAAGGGAGUUCAGCUACCGGGAGUUGAGCAUUGCCACCCGAGGAUUCGACCAGUCUCGAAUCAUCGGCCACGGCGCCUUCGGGACCGUAUACAAGGGCAUCAUCCCGGAGACCGGCGCGAUGGUGGCUGUCAAGCGAUGCAUCCGGGGGGGCGGCGGCGAUAACGGCGGAGCACAGGCGAGAGCGGAGUUUCUCCAAGAGCUCUCCAUCAUUGCCAGCCUCCGGCACCGGAAUUUGGUCCGUCUCCAGGGGUGGUGCCACGAGAAGGGGGAGAUCCUCCUCGUCUACGACUACAUGCUCAACGGGAGCCUCGACAAGGUCUUGUUCGAGCUAAAGGCGCCGCCUUUGGCAUGGCACCACCGGAAAAAGAUCCUGAUCGGUGUCGCCUCUGCGCUCGCCUACCUCCACCGGGAGUGCGAGCGCCAAGUGAUCCACCGCGACGUCAAAUCCAGCAACGUCAUGCUCGACGAGGGCUACAACGCCCGGCUCGGCGACUUCGGCCUCGCCCGCCAGGUGGAGCACGACAAGUCCCCAGACGCCACCGUCGCCGCCGGUACCAUGGGCUACUUCGCCCCCGAAUACCUCCUCACCGGGCGAGCCACCGAGAGGACCGACGUCUUCAGCUUCGGUGCAUUAGUCCUCGAGGUCGCCUGCGGCCGCCGCCCCAUCGACGGCGUCGACCAUGCCGCCGCCGCCUGCAGCAGCACCCGGUGGUGCAGCAAUUUGGUCGAAUGGGUGUGGGGAUUGCACGGCGAGGGAAGAAUUCUGGAGGCGGCCGACCGGCGGCUGGAGGGGGAGUUCGACGAAGGGGAAAUGAGUAGGGUUUUGUUGGUGGGAUUGGCGUGUUCGAGCCCGGAUCCGGAAUUGCGGCCGGGAAUGAGGAGUGUCGUCCAGAUGCUGAGCGGCGAGGCCGACCCGCCAUUCGUGCCGGUCUCGAAGCCGUCCAUGAGCUUCAGUGUCAACCACCACCUCCUCCUCAGUCUCCAGGACAGCGUCUCCGACUACAACGCCGUGGGGCUCAACCUCUCGUCGUCCUCCUCCUCUUCCUCUCUUCGAAGUACACUCAGAGGUGGCGGCGGAGGGUGAUAACCUCUGUUCCCCGGAAGGUGAUUGGAUUCCAUUCUACCUCUGAUUUGUUAAAUGCAGUAUAUAUACGUCUAACUAUUAUUUUUGUUGGCAUGUUUUAAGUCCGUCCCAUUUAUUUAUUUAUAUCAAUACAUUUUAAUUAUAUAUUUUACAUUCAACAUUUAUUUAUGGGUAUAUAACAUUCAAUAAGUAUUUUUAUUAUUAUUAUUAUUUAUUUCAUUUCAUAAGUUGGUGAUAUCCAGAGGAACUAUUUUGUUAGUAAUUAAAAGUAUCAUGACUUGCUCUAUUUGACGUUGGUGCACGUUGGUCUACGCUUGGAAUUUAGUUGGGGGACACAGAGAUAAUAUUAUCAUAUUUUUUUACCUAGUUAUCAGGUAUUAAUUAUGUGUUUCUUAAAUAUAUUUGCUUGUACGUCUUUUUUUUAAAAAAAAUUUAUUGGUUCAUGAUGUGGUGGGAGUGAGGGAAGAAUGGUGGUGUCACGAGGGCGAGCAUGGAAAGGCGAUGGGGGGAGGCGUGGAGGGAAGAGGAGCGUCUUUGGGACAAACUAAGGAGUUGCUCGUGGAAAAGGAGAGGGCGGGCGUGGAAAUCUGGUGCUGGUUUUGUCAUUGGUAUAUUGGAAUGGAGGGGAAAGUGAUGGGAAUAAACGGAGGUGAUGUCACGUCUCACGAUGUUGCUUGUUCCCUCGGCCGAAGGGUUAGGAUUCACGAUGCUUCGUGCGAAGCCACCGUUGGAUCGCCCACUGCAAAAUGAGAGCAGGUGGAUUCGCGCGAAGGAAGGUGAAUCCUACUUUCUCAAGAAAGAUACAGGGCUGAGUCAUCUUCGUUAUCUUUUUCGAUGGGGAAAGAGGAGGUGAGUGGAGUAUAAGUCCAACUCAGUCUUAGAAUGGAUUGGAUACCGGACAAUGAACAAAAAUAAUGUAAGGCCAAUUUUGUCCUAUUUUUUUCAGCCCAUCUUAUUCAAAAGUCCUAGACUUUUACGAAAUCAUCAGUUACGUGAUUAAAAAAAUAAAAGAUAGAAUGUUCUCGUGCAUGGCAUCCUCUGUCUUCUUUAUUUCUAAAACAUACUUUUUAUCAGUAUAUACUGCAUAGCCAAGUAAUAUACAACAAGCAAAUUAAUUAUUUAGUAAGCCAAUGCAUACAUUAAGAUAAAUCAAUAUGCAGUUUUUAGAAUAUAGUGCUUAGUAGUACAUAGUACAUGAAAAGAUGAUACACACUUAGUAAAUUAGUCAUCGAGCAACCUAAUAUAUACCCAUACGUACUACAUGGCCGGUGAUACACACUCAUUAAAUUUCUGAUAUAUACUGCAAGUUUAUUUAUUACACAUCCAGCAGUAAUCCAAUACACGGCUUUAGGUAAAUUGAUAUAUAGUUUUCAAAAUAUGUUUUUUACUAAUACAAACUACUCGACCAAAUAAUACAUACCAAAUAAAUUAGUUAUCUAGCUAAUACAUAUAUUUAGAUAAAUCGAUGCAUAGUUUUCAGAACAUAGUAUUUAUUAAUAACGGUAUGCAGUUUUCUAGCUUUAUCUGACAUAAGAUAUUAUAUAUAUACAAUUCUUUAGACUCCAUGAAUUUUUAGAUGCAAAGAUCUGAGAAAAGAGAGAGGAAAAAAAAAUUGGGAGGAGACAGGAAGACCUUAUGAAUAUAAUAGACAACUUGAUAAGGAAGAUGAUAGAUAAAGAGGCUUGACAAAAAAAGAAAAAAGAGAUGCAGAUGGUCUCUUCAUGGACGAUCUCUCUUGGCAUGUGCAUUUUUUUUUUCUUUUAAUUUAUGGAAUUGAUGGACUCAAUUAGUAAGAAAAGUUAUAUUUCUAUUUGCUUUUGGGUUUCCUGUUUAAGAUGGGUGCUAGAGGAAAUAUGGCAAAAUAGAAGCCCUGCUUUAUAUGAUAUUUUAUAGUGCCCAUCCCAUAUGAUUUUUGUUAUAGGACAAUUGAAGAUGUUCACGGAGAGAGUUGUGGCCUUGGAAGGGUGCCAAGCCAAAGUCUCCUUUGCAUCGCUAACCAAGCAAUCCAGCUUAUGGAUUUUGCUAAGCUUAAAGCCCAAGUCGCAGAUUCUAAUAAACCCAAGGUCUCCAUCCUCUGGUUGCAAGGCAAGCCAGGGAAAGAAGGGAAAACAUUUUUAGAGAAUUAGAUCUCCAUCCAUCUUUAUUGAGGUGAAGAUGGAACUCGAACCCUACCAACUUUGACAACUCUGCUAGUUUAAUUGGAAGAAAUUUUGUUUUCCAAUUUUUUUUCCAAGAAAACAAAAGAUUUUUUCCCUUUUGAGAUUCAAAAAGGAUUUCUCAUAUUCAUCACGCACUUGCUAAAUAAACAUUGUGACAUAUGCAUUCCGUAAAAAUACUAUUUAUCAAACUCUGUUUUUCUUGUAACCAAAGCUCCAGAAAUUUCUGCAAUCUCAUCUAUUCUCCACUCGCAUGCAGCACGCAGCCACCUACGUUGGAUGAUUUUUUUUUUUUUUUUCUGAUCUAGAAUGGAGGAAUUAAGGAGCAUACUUCUCCCACAUUAUAUUUAUUAAUCAGUUAAUCUUACAUCGAGAGGUAUGUCACUGGGUAUUUACAGGCCUAGAAAGCAAGUUUGUCCGCUUCUCCUUCUGCACGUCAUCGUAAUUAGAUGACGGGUUUUAGGCGGCAUGGUGCAUGGCUCCGUCCCUUCGUUGGAGGGAGAGGCUCCUCGCGAGACUAAACCAACACCCUGAUUACGUAGAGAAAAGCGACUGAUGAAGACAUGUCCUUCAGUGCCUUGAUGUUCCUUCUUUGCUUUCCACCCUUCUUGCUACAAUUAGGCGAUGGCUUCUCAUAUCAACUGUGAACUGUCCUUUAAUUUUCAGUUAGUCUCUACUCUCUAAGUAGGAAUGCCACCAGUUUCCCUACUUCUCCUGAAAGACUUCAAUCAAAACACUGUUGUUUCCAUUCCAUCCAGAUACACCAAGAGCCUAUGAAUAUCAAGCAGUCCACUGCUAGUAUCAUCUCCUUCGUGGGGUUGGACGAUCUCCGAUCAUUCCAUAGGUCUUAAUAAUGAAGCUGGAGCUGCCGGAGUUGCUUUGAGUACUUACACCCCAGCAGCAAAUGAUCUACUGUUUCAUUACGGUUACAGCAGAGCGGACAUGAGUCAGGUCCCUUAGCUUCUUUUUCAGCAGUGGCAAUUUUGUUGUAGUAACACAGCCAGCUGAAGAUCUUCAGCUUUUCUGGUAUUUGGCAGUCUCCAAAUAAUGGUGUUAAAAUGGGAUGUCUUGUCAUGCAUGGAAAGGUGGUGGGGUUGUAAGUACCAAAGUGGUGUUAUUGCCGACAGUGGAUGAUAAGAUAAGGGUGGUGGGGUUGCUGCCUUGUCAUACAUCGAAGUCCAUGGUGAGCGUCAGAGAUUUCGUGAUUUCUGCAUGCCAAAACAUGUAGUAGAAUCGAUGAUGGUUACGCAAUCAACGUAAUGUAAGUUGAUUGAACGAGACAGUGGUAAUGUGAUGGCAAGAGGAUGGUGCACAGUUAUACCAA